AUUUUAUGCAAAGGAAGCUUCACAAAGCCCUCCCUGCAUGUUGUGAGGAAACAUUUAUUCACACCUGCAGUAAAUUAUCAGCUUUAGUUCCCUUUGAGACUCGCUGAUGGUCACACAGCAGCAAAAUGUCUGAAGACAAUAUAACAUACACUGAUGUGACGUUUAAAAAAACAACAGCCAAAGAUGCUUUGCCAUCAUCAGAUGACAUCACUUACUCUGAAAUCAAGAUUGAGAAAUCAGAGCUGCAUGGUCCUUUUCCAUCGUCAGGCAACUCCACACAUCCUGAAGUCAAGACUGUGAAAUCAGAGCUGCCAGGAUUAAAGCAACAAGCCGGGUCAAACAGGAAGCGUCAUGUGACCUCAGCGCGAGCGGCGCUGCUGGUUCUCAUCCUUCUUCUGGUCGCUGCCGUCGUCAUUCUCGGAGUCACUGUAAUGAACAACUCAGUAAUGGAAAGGAUCUCUCACACUGAAAACAAACAACUCAAAGAGGAGAUUGAAGCUCUGAAGAAAAAUCUCUCAGGAAACGGAGUUCAAACAAGACCACCAAGUCCAACAUGUCCUACAUGUCCACCAUCUACAACAUGUCCACCACCUCCUUCCUGUCCACCACCUUCAACAUGUCCACCACCUCCAACAUGUCCUCUUCCUUCUACGUGUCCACCACCUGGACUAAACCUCAAUGAGACACGUCUGAAGUGUGAAGCGGGCUGGGAGCCUCAUGGAGAAAAGUGUUAUUAUUUCAACACCACUAAAUCAUCCUGGAACGACAGCAGAGAUGGAUGUAAACUUAAAGGAGGAGACCUGGUGAAGAUAGACAGCAGGGAGGAGCAGAAAUUCCUGGAGGCAAGACUGAGAGAGAAAAUGGAGGAAGCUGAGGACAAGUUCUGGAUCGGACUGACAGACUCAGAGGAAGAAGGAAGAUGGUUGUGGGUGGACGGAUCGUCUCUGGACACAUGUUUGAGCUUUUGGAGCAUCAAUGAGCCGGAUAACUUCGAAGGAGAAAAUCCUGAUGGAGAGGACUGUGCGAGGAUGGGGGAGAAAGGAGGAGCUGCUGAUCUGAAGUGUUGGUUUGAUCGAAACUGCAACGUCCCUCAAAAAAGUAUUUGUGAGAAAGCAGCAGAAACUAGAAGAAUUUAAUCUGUAAGAGGUUAAAGUUUCAGCUUGUAAAACAAUCUCAGUUCAGGAUCCAGAAGCUGCAGCAAUGCUGUUUUUAUAAAGCUAAACAUUUAAUUUUCCUUCCAGACAUGUUGAAACAAACAUAAAAUACUCUCAUUUCAUUCUUUGUCUUCUUUAUUUUCUUAUUAUUACAACAGCAGGAUCAACAGUGAAAUAUAUUAAACUAUUUUUAACCAUAAAAUGUUUGUUCUCUGCUUUUUUCUAUAAUAAUAUUUGUGCACAUUUAAGAAAAUUAUUUAUUAGUUUUGUGAGACGUUUCAGAAAAGUGAGAUUUAUUUCCUGCUGCAGCAUUUGUUGUAACUGAAACUAAAAGUUUGUUUUUUUGCUUUUCUUAUUUCUCUCGUUAUAAUGUUAUAUAACAGCAGGAUCACCUGUAA